AUUCUAUAAUAAUAAGUUAGACACAUUCUAUUAUAUGUGCGAUACAUUCUAUAAGAUUAAGUUGGACAAGUUCUAUAAGAAUAAGUUAGACAGAUUAUAUUAUAUAAAUUAGAUCUAUAAUAAGUUAGGUACAAUCUGUAAUACAAGUUAGAUGCAUGUCUACAAUUGUAUUUCUAAUUCAAUGUAGAUGACUUAAAACAUAAAUAUUAUAUAACCGAAAAAGAAACAUAAACAGUUAGUGUAGUUUCAUACCCCUGUUGUGCAGUUACUCAUUAGCUUUUAUUUUGAAGGGUCAGUUGAGCCAAGCUUUGCACCUAUGACGCAUGCGCAGUGGCGGAAGUGACUCAAAUCAGCAGCGGGAGAGAAAAGGGAGAAAAAUAAUGUCCCGUGUCUGUCCGGGGGCUGAGCCGUGAAGGCGGAGAGCGCCACAUGGAGUCGGCUCUGAGGAACCUGUCGAGCUCCGUGGAGCUGCUGGCGGUGGCGGCGCACAGCGGUGCGGUGGCACAGUGGGAUGACCACAGCCUGUCCACCGCGUUUGACUGGGCCCGGUACUGCGAACACCUCUUCUCCAGGUUUCACAACAACCCCGCGGUCAGAGGAGCCAUGGAGGAGCAGCUCCAGCUCACGAAUGGACGCCUGAGAGCUGCGUUCCCCGGAUACACCGAGGUGUCCUUCUCCGACCUGUCCCGGUGCCAGCACCACCUGCUCAUCGGGCUGCUGAACAACCCCAAGCUGCCCAUCUCCAUCGUGAAGCUGCUCUUUGACAGUAACACUCCUGCAGACAGCGUGCACAGUGGCUGUGGGGAUGUGUCCGGCCUCUGCAGCCGCAUCAUCCGGUGCAAGUCUGCGUGUAAAGUCCUGAGUCCUCUCACUCCCCCCUCAGCUGUGGGUGCUGAUGCUGAGGUGCAGGGGGGGCUGCUGAUGGAGAGGCUGGGUGCUCUGAUCACACAUGGCGGAGCAGAGCACUUUUUAGACUCAGUCCUCCGGGGAUGUGAAGGAGCAGCAGCAGAACACUUCUGUCUGGUCAUCGCUGCAGCUCUGCUGACAACGACAAACUCAGAAACUGCCUCACAGGACGUUCUCCUGGACUGGCUACGGAAAAAACAACCCAGCACGCUACAGCGCACGUGUUCCGCUCUGCCCACCGCACUUCUCAUGGACCUGGUCAAAGAACACCUGAAAUUUAGGGACGCAUACUGUGAUGUGCUAAAAAAGUGGGCCUCUGAUAUGGAGUACAGCAUAAGUGAUGGUGAAUGGGUUCAGAGCAGAACAAACCCCCCAGUGUCCUUUCAGAAACUGGCCGAGCACUUUCAGGCCUUGUUUGAGACGUGUCCCUCUCUGGGGGACGAUGUAGAGAAAGAGUUAAAUGCUUUGAAGAUUUCUGAUGGAGACUUCGAUGUCAGAGGUCUGAGUGUGUGGGGAGACCUGCUGUCAGAGUUACACAAGUGACUGUCAGACGUGGGGGUUUUAAGAGCUGUAAAAGAUGCUCAAAUAGAGUUAAAUGUAUACGUCUAUUUAUAUCCUGAUUCUUGGUAUUAAACAUCAGUGCGUUUAAAAAAGCCCUGUUUAUUGAACGCUGUCAUCAAAGGAUCCACAUUCUUCUUUACUUCAAGUCUUUAUGUCUUUGGUAAAGUUCUUGUGUUUAAACAUUUAACACUUAAAUGUUGGUGAAUUUUGUUAAAUGAAGAAAAUUGUUUUGUGGAAAAACUUGUUUAUGGUCUCACAGAGUUUUUUUUUUUAAAGUAUAAUUCUGUUAACAGUAUUGAAGCUCAGGUGUCAUAUCAGUAUUCUUAUCGAAACAUUACAAUUGGUACCAAUCCCUGUGUUGAACAGUUUUGGUAUUUUUAUACUGUUCAAUUCAAUUAUUCACGCCA